GCAUACAUCAAGUGCGUACGCGGGCGGCAACCAUACAUGAGACUUCGCAGCAGCGAAGGUUUGGGCAACGCAGUACAGAGGUGUAACAAUAUAUGGCUUUAGUUGAACCGAUAGAUAUUCUCGGUAUACUUGACGCGGUAUACAUGCAACGGGCGCGCUCAUCGCGCGGUGGUCUGCUCGCUCCUGCUCGCUCGUACCGUGAAGGUGUGCUGGACGCUUGCGCGGCAAAGAUACGUGGACGUGACUCAACUGAAUCAGUGUAACACAUAUCUCGCGUCACUUUGCGCGACGAACUCACCGGUCGGGGCGGCUACCUUUCGCGCGCGCCGGUGGCCUUGCAGAGCCGUUGCACACAAUGGAUUCAUCCCCGCCAGCAGCAGCCCAUGCGACAGCGGGGCCUGGCAGCGGCGGCGGCUGCGCCUGGUCGCCUCAGCAGCAACAGCAGCAGCAGCCUCCGCCCAUGCUGCAGCAGCAGCCCACGCCGUACUUCUCGCAGCAGCCCGGCUCCAUGAUGCCUGUGCUGCUGCCCAGCCAGCAGCUGCCCAACAGCCCGCCGCAGGUGGUGUACAUGACGCAGGAGCAAGCCAUGCAGCAGCAGAUGCAGAUGCAGCAGCACACACAGCACGUGCCGCUGCAGCAGCAGCAGCAGGCGCAGCAAUACCAGCUGCAGCAGCAGCUGUCCAUGAGGCCCAACCAGCAGCAGCAGGCACCGCAUCUGCAGCAGCCACCGCCGGUGGCGCUGCCGCUAGUCCUGGCGUACCAGCAGGUGCAGCCCGGCGACGUGCAAGUGGAGCUGCCAGCGGGCGAAGCGGCCAGCAGCGGCGGCGCGAACGGCAGUGGUGGCUUCAACGGGAAAGGUGGGCCGGCGCAUGGCAAGGCUAGCGAUGUGGAGACGCCGCCACCGGCGGGCCACGGGAGGCUGGCGGGCUGCUGCGCGCAGCAGCGCGCAGCGUGCUGCCCCGAGGGCCGCAAGUUUGGGUGGCCGGAGUUCGUGGCGGGAUUGAGCGGUUGCGGCGUGGCGGCGCUGGGCUGCGUCCAGUACUGCUGGGGCAACUUGGCGGAGCCGCUGCUAGUUGAGUCUGUCAGCCCCAGGCUGCGGCGCCUGGCCGCCAAGCAGAAGCAGUUGAAGGCCGGGGGCGUGGACCGCGGCAGCGAGGGCCUUCCCGCCAAGAAGCGCAUCUCGUUCUUCAUCCGGGCCUGGCAAGUGGCGACCAUGGUGCUGCUGCUGGCGCUGCUGGCGACCAUCCUAAUCGCCUGGGGCAUCCACACCAAGUUCUGUGACGAUGUGAACGGCUUCCUGCCCGUGGCGGAGCUGUUCCGGGUGGACCCGGAGAGCCGCACCUCGGUGCAGUGCGCCCCUGUGGAAGUACCGCUGGACAUCUUCCUGGACCCUGGCGCCGUGCAGCCGUUCAGCGUGAACGGCACCUUUGCGUCGCCGCUGGCCUCCGUGCUGCUCGCCACCUUCACGCACACCAACUGGCUUCUUAUGGGCGCCGCGACGCAGUUCUCGCUGCUCCCCGCGCUACCUGCGUGGCACUGCUUGGGUCGGAGCCGCGCCUGGAUGGUGGACAGUGACGUGUCUGGCUACAUCUCCUCCGCCAAGGACCUGCAGUCCGCGCUCGUGGACCGAGACCGCGGCGCCAUCAAGAAGCUGUCGGUGGUCUACGGCAAGUUCUGGAGCCGCGUGCAGCGCUGCAUGCUGACCCAGAUUGAACUCUCCGACAACCUCACCGCUGUGCCGAGCAAAGCCGCCGGUGACAUCGCAUCCCGCCUGGCGGCCCUGGGCCUGAGGGAGCUCGCCAAGUCCUUCUCCGGCAUGAGUGCGGGCCUGCGGGGCCGGGACACCGCCUGCAACCGGGACGGCGCCGCCAGCACCGCCGCCAUCACUUCAUGGCCAACCCUCGGCCAGGACUUGCUCAGCUGCGUCGACAGAAGCGGCAUGCUCACGGCCGCGGGCAGCGGCGGGCAGCAGGAGAAGUACAGUGUCUUUAUGCCAAACGUGUUUGCCAGCGACCCCAGCCUUCUGCUGACCCCGCCAAACGGCACGUCAGCUGACUAUGACUACUACGGCGGAGAUUACGGCUCCUACUCGACACCAGAUUACACCUUCGAUGGCUUUGACGGAGGCCUUACUGCGCCAGAUGCGCCAAACGCGCCGCUGUCGCCGCCGGGCUACAUGCGGCUGCCGCAGCCGCCCCUGCCGCCGCUGGACACCCGACAGUCCGCAGGCUGGAACAACUCCCGUGUGGACUUUGUUUACGACUUUCCACUGAUCACAGUGGACUCGGGCCUCGCCACUGACUCCCUCAAAUUCCUAUCUAAGCUUGACAACAACACAGGUGUGUCGUACAACGAGUAUCCCGGCGCCUUCUACCUGGCGACGGACCCGGCUGCCAACGCCAAGGACCGGGACGCCAUUGCAAAGUUCAAUGACAAGCACCGCUCCCAGGGAUACGCCAAAUUGAAGGUCCGUGUCAACAUGACUAAGAUUGUCAAGCAGCAGCGAGACACCCGCGACGGAAACCUGCUGCCGUGGGACCGCGUUGCAUACUUCACGGUGAACAGCGCUGAGGUCGCCAUUGUGGAUGGCCGCGUCAAGCACUUUGACCUCGGCUUGGAUGUCCAGGAUUCGGGGUUCGGCAGCAGCGCGAUAGACGCAGCCGACAAAGCACUGAGCUCAAAAACCAAGAAGGUGCCUGACUUCUGGCAAGUCACACAGUUCUGCCGCCUCACCGUUGACUACAACCGAACUGGUAUCGCAUCGGGCUACUUCCAAGAUGAGUACCACGACGUGAACGGCUUCUCCGCAACCACCGAGUGCUGCCAGAAGACUUCCGGUACGCACGGCCCGGGGCGGGGGCCGGGGCCCGGAAUGGACGGUGCGCAAGAAGAGGGGCAACAGUCCAGGCUUGAUGAGCGUGGAGCGCCGGACGGGCCUCCAGACGACAGCGGCCGGCUCGCGCGCUCUGGCCGGCCGCCCUCCAUCCGCGUUGGCGACCUGCCAGAGCCGUCGGUGGCCGCAGCGCGACGCAUGGCGCUCCUAUGCCCCCAGCUCCUGAUGGCGUCCGCACCCGCGCUGCGCGCCUCGGCUCAGCACCUCGGCGCCUUGCUGGAGCUGCCGCCCGCGCGCCUGCGCUCCCUCCCCUCUCGGUCCAUGCCGGCUGACAUGCUGUCCGUCAGCGGGAAGGCCGGCACCAGGCCUGCUGCCGAUGCCAGAUUCAGGUAUCUGCAGUGGAUGGGAGUGCCACUGAAAGAUGCGUUGGUUGAGCAAGGCAGGCUAGCCCAUAUGGGGCUAGCCAGGGUAGCGGCGGUGGUGGACCGGCGGCUGUCGCCGGCCCAGUUUGAUGCCAACCCCCAGGUGCACCCGGCGGCAACGCCCCUGCGGUUGUUGGUGCGGGGGGCCGCGGACCGUGUGCUAAAUAAGCCGCUCACCCCGGCGGGCAAGCCGUUUGCGCGUCUGCUGAAGGCCAUGACUGAAUUGCCCGCGGUGACUCUGGUGGCGCCGCCCGAGCCAGGCGCGUGGGUGAGUCAUGUGCCGUUGUGGGCUAACCCGGCGCUGUGUGAGGGCGGCCGCACGUGGGAAGUGGCUUUCGCGGAUUUGCUCGCUCUGCCGGGACUGGCGUGUGUGGGCCAGCUGGUUGCAGCGCAUGACGGCCUGAACGAACUGCGGCAGGCAUGUACACGCCCUUGGGCGUGGGACUCCCGGUUUGGUGAAGCGUGUGUGGAAAUGUAUGUGACUGCUGUGUGGCGGCGGGUGCUGCACUGGAGUACGCGGGCGCGCCUGCCGUCGCCCCUGCCGGGGCCGGCGUCGCCUCAAGAGGCGGCCGACCGGUUUGCGGCGGCGGUGGCCCUUCUUCCCGCUGGCUGGGCUGCCGCCGCGCGUGCGGCGCAGCUGGCUCGGGGGCCUGCCGCCGCGCUGCCGCUCCCGGCGGCCGACGUCGUGAGUGCUACGGCGGAGUCGGUGCAACAGGUGGUGCGGGGGCUUGGAUGGUUGCAAUACGGGGGGCCGCCCAUCCUGCUCACUGCCUACACGGUGAAGGUGGGGACCGUUAGCUCCACAGUUAGCCGCCCUGAAGGCUAAGCAUUUGCAAUAUGUGUGCGACGCGGAUGUGUCGGGGGUGGAGGCUGCCCUGGCGGCGGGGGCCUUCGUGUGCACCUUGGCCCGCUUGUGGUCGCUGAAAUGGGCGAAUCAUCACAAGGAAGCACUGUGGCGUGUGGCCGCCAGCGCUUGCUGGGCGUUCCCACGGCAUGCUAGCGAGCGUGCGCGCGGCGUUGCUGUUGACCCGUGUUGGGCGUGUGGGGUUGACAUGCAGGAUGGGGACCGGCGUCACUGGUUGUGGGACUGCGGGAAAAUAUGGGGAUGGCUAUGAGUUUCCUGCCAGAGGAGGCUGUAAGUGCCUUCUCUCGUGAGGAGUUGUGCUUAGUGCGCCCGCCUGCGGGGCUUGCGCCACCUGUGUGGGAUGUGGUGUGUCUCGCUGCUAUGUCUGCCCUGGACUUUGGUCGGCAGCGUGUGGUUAUGGCCGGACUGGCGGCGCGAGCGAAGCUGCCGUCGGCCCGGGUGCUGAGCAUUGGACUUGCCGUCGUAGCUGACUUCUGGGGUCGUCUCCAGACGUUUGUGACUUUGGGUAUCAGGCCAAAGGGUUGGGACGCUGUGCCGUCUGCGCAUCCUUUCAUAUCUCGGGCUGUUGGUGACGGCCUGGUUUUGCGCUUGCCGUAUGACGCUGAUUCCCCGCCUCCCUCGCCGUGAGAGGUUGUGCGUGGUUGGUGGCUUUGUGUGUGGGCAGGUUGCACGCGUGGGUGACCGUUCUAAUACCUGGACGCUUGCGCCCUGGUUGGUGCGUGCGCUAUGCGUGUGUCCUGCGGCCUAGACGUUUCCCGGCACUCCUGUGCCUAGGCUUGUGGCGUUGAGGCACAGCGGUGGGGCUCUGGCGGGUUGAGGCUUGGCUAGGGCUCACUGUGCGCGGAGUCACACGGACUUUGCCCGCGGGAGGGUUUGCAGCAAAGUCGGGGUUGGUGGAGUCAAGUUGGGCCCUGAUAGCAUGUUGUAACAUCCGCAUUCUAAUGGGGCAACAAGUGACGUAAAAGCAUCUGAUCGCGCUAUUACGCUUUCGUUUGGGCUGCUGGGACCUGCAAGUGAACCGCCCUCAGGCAGGGGGCCAGUACCGUGCCAGGGCACAACGGGUGUGUAGGCUGUGCAGGAGUGGAGACGUGGAAGACGAAAUGCACGUCCUAUGGAAGACAGGUAGUGAUAUGAAAAGAGCUAUGCUUAGCACGGAGGUGCAAAAGCUGGCGGCAUACUUGUACGCGGUGACGACGCUUCGGUCUGGUGAAUUGCGCAACCGCUAGCUGAUUCAUUUUAUUGUUUGCUUAUCGCGCCUCGCGACUCCGGAGUUAGUGGGACACUGGGGCCGCAUGGACUUCAAGCCAUGUAACAUGCUCAUGAG